GUCGCAGUGACGUCCCCGUUGCCUUGACGCUCGGACGUGGAGGUGCAUGGCGCAGCGAGGGUGACGAGGAAUACAUUUGCCAACCUUUGGAUACUAAAGCAACGAAAAACAGCGGAUAUUUCUGGAAAUCAUGCAAAAAUCCUGAAAUGAGAGUGUGAGAUGAUACCACUUCCGAGAGUGUGGAUAAUUAUCACUGCCCCGUUGAUGAAUACGAGCAGAACGGGUCUCAGGAAUCGCUGCUGCAGCUGCAUUCAUAAACACUUCUUUAGGACUCACAACAAACCCUGAGCUUUGUUUGGGGGUGUUUUUUUGUUAUUUUUUUCGGAACGGAUUCCUGUUGUGCACAAUGGCUGAAAAGAGUAAAACGAAUAUAGAGCAUCUCGGUGGUGUUGUCAGGCUCAGAGAGGAACACGAAAAGGUGGUGAAAGACUGUGAAAGUCGGAUUCAGCACUGGAAAAAAGUAUCAGACGACUAUGAAUCCCUGCAUGACCGCCUCCAAACUUUACCAGACCAACUGUCCUACGACAUCAUGGUGCCGUUUGGCCCCUUGGCCUUCAUGCCUGGGAAGCUCGUGCACACCAACGAGGUCACGGUGUUGCUGGGCGACAACUGGUUCGCCAAGUGCUCCGCCAAGCAGGCUCAGAAAAUCGUCGACCACAGGAUGAAGUAUGUGAAGAACGAAUUAGACGAUCUGUCCAAGACGGUGAAAAACUUUGAAGCCAGACUCGGGUUCGCAAAGGAUUUGGAAAAGAUCUCAGCCAGUAAAGGAGACUAUGCUGACAUAAGAGAGGAGGUCGGAAUCAUCGACUCCGCCAUCACCAAAGGAAAGCAAAGAAUAGCUCACAAACCAAAUUCUAAGCCCAAGCUGGAUGCAGUGUUCGAUCUGAAAGAGGAGGAUGAGGAAAACAAAGGGGAAAGGAAGAAUAUAUUGACCGAGGAGGAGCUGUGGGCUCGGCUGGAUGAGCUGGAGAAGCUGGAGGAGCUGCAAGAUGAGCAAGACAGAUUAUCUGACAACGCAGACAUGAAUGGAGAGGACACGUCAUCUUCUUCCUCAGAGGAGGAGAAGGAGGCGGACGCUGCUCCUCCAGUAAACGGGCUGAGUUUGAAGCCGAGCUGGUCCUCCAUGCCUCACAGUAAAGAGCCGCUCAGCACAGACAGGAAAGAGGAGGAAGACUACGAGGAAGAGGAGGGAAACUCUUUGCCCACCAUCUACUUCUCUCACACGGUCGAACCCAAGAAGGUGAGGAUAAACACAGGAAAAAACACCAUGUUGAAGUUCAGCGAAAGGAAAGAACAGAAGGAACACUCGAAGAGGAAAAAGAAAAAUGGCCACAGUAAUGGACAUCACGAACUUUACAAAAUCACUACACCAGCAGACAUUUACAGAUUGUUUGUGGACGUGAAGAACGGGGAGCCCAUUCCCAGGAAGUCCAUUCUCAAGUCGCGCAGUCGAGAGAACAGCGUGUGCAGCGACACGAGCGAGAGCAGCGCGGCGGACUUCGACGAGCGCCGGGUGAUCGGACGCGGCUUCAGCCACGACGAGGCGACGCACAGCGACACCAGCGACGGCAUCACGGAGGAGGACAGCCCCACGGUGGCGCCCCUGCAGCCCGCCAGCCGCUUCGAGGCCUUUUCGGGUACAGUGGUAGAAAAGGACCCCAUGCCUACAGCUGUCCCUCAUCUGACCAUCGCUCCGCCGGCUCUACCAACCAUCCCGGAGAGGAAACAGGAGGAGGUGGUGCCAGAUGUUGCUCCGCCCCAGCAGGCCACGAAAAGAGUUUCAAAGUUCAAAGCUGCCAGGUUGCAACAGAAAUGACUGUUAAAGAGAAAACACCCCCUACUUUCACACUAACGUCUCUUCUUUUCUUUUUUUUUUCCUCCUAAGCGUCUUCUUAACGAUAAGUGAACAAACAAAAAAAAAGUCAUCCUCUCUUUUGCUCACCUUUCAUCCACUUAUACUCUUAAUCAUACAGGGUUUCUGUAAUUAAAUAUGACUGUUCAGUGACAAGUACAGUAGCAACAUUAGCCAAUCAGUCUUGUGUGUGCUUUUUAACAAGCUGCAGACGCUCUUUAACGCCGUCUCGUUUGCUUCUUACAGUACAAAAGGCAUUUCUUUCUGUUGGGCUUGUUUUUGCCGUCUGUCGUACCACACUUCCGUUGAUUCUUGCUGUCGCCUGGUUAGGUAAGACUGUAGGCUUUGCCACAUAGAAACGAGUUGCCUUGUUUUCUUUUCUUUUCCCAAGUAUCGAUCGUUGAGCACAGUCGGGUGGCUCUCAUUUAUCGUCUCGUAACCUGCCUAAUGAAUGUACGUUUUCCUUUGUGACGAGCUUUAUGUAAAAAAAAAAAAAAAAAAAAAAGAGGAAAAUAAAUGAUUUUGACUACAA